CUGCAGAGUAGCGAAAGGAAAGCUGCGCGGAAACCAAGGGGAUGCCAAACCCGUACCCCUUCCUUGCACCACACCUGCAUAACCUGACACGUCCUGCGAAACAACCCAAUGGUUUUUAGUCCAGCGUGUGCUUGCAGGCUCAUAAAACCAUGGAAUUGAGGAUAGCCGGGUGACGAGGAUGGAGGCAUGGGUUGGCGUGCAAGCCUUGGAAAGCUCGGUCAGGGCAGGGGAGCGGUGGGGGGUAGCAAGGGCAAUGGCUGCUCGGGCGCCUUCAAACGCCACUUGCCAGGGCUCAGCCAAGAAGUGGAUCUGUUUGGACACAGGUUGAUACCUAAGGGCAUCAAAAUACGCGAUCUACGCGCACAUGUAGUGUGGGGCUCUAGGAAAAGUGAAACCAGGUCUCAAGCUCGACGUCCAAGGAAAAGGGCUAAACCUGUCAGUUAUGAAUUCUGUAACACCAUUCCAUCUGAAUUGCAAAGUACACAGGGCGAAGACGUCUUUAUGCGCUGGAGGAGGUUGAUGUCACUUCGCAUUGCUUCCAUUCUACGGCAAGGGCCCUUCUCCUUGGUCAUUGCAUUGAAUACCCCCAAGACGUCACAAUCAUCCUGUUAUUUGCUUAACUUUUUAGUGAAAGAAUUCGCAUAAUACUAAAACGGUACUCCUACAAGCGUUUCCCUCGAUCCUUUCAACAGUUGCACCCUAGUUCUUUGCCUUCCUCCCGUCUCUUGGCGCAUCAGCUUAUUUGCUUGGCGCUCUAGAGCCAGAAUGUCUUAUGCGUAUCUCUUCAAGUACAUCAUCAUCGGCGACACAGGCGUCGGCAAGUCAUGCCUGCUACUUCAGUUCACCGAUAAGCGCUUCCAGCCAGUGCACGACCUUACCAUUGGCGUGGAGUUCGGCGCUCGGAUGAUUAACAUUGAUGGCAAACAAAUUAAACUCCAAAUUUGGGAUACGGCGGGGCAAGAAUCUUUCCGGUCUAUUACCCGGUCAUACUACCGCGGUGCCGCUGGCGCGCUGCUUGUCUACGACAUUACACGGCGCGAGACCUUUAACCAUCUGGCCAGCUGGCUGGAGGAUGCGCGGCAGCACGCCAACCCAAACAUGACCAUCAUGCUUAUUGGCAACAAAUGUGAUCUUACGCACCGUCGAGCUGUAACGACGGAGGAGGGCGAGCAAUUUGCGAAGGAGCAUGGGCUAAUCUUCCUGGAGACUUCUGCACGGACAGCCCACAACGUUGAGGAGGCCUUCAUUAACACCGCAAAGGAGAUUUACAAGAAGAUCCAGGACGGUGUUUUCGACGUCUCCAACGAGUCAUACGGCAUCAAGGUCGGGUACGGCGCCGGUAAUGCCGGUCCGCAGGCCGCCAAGCCUGGCGAAGGUGAUGCACGCAAAUCCAGCUCUUGCUGCUAAGGAGUGCAUGUCGGAGUGUCGCAUGGGUUCCGCGGUGAAGGCAGCAGGCGGCGGUGUGAAGACGCAAAGGGGCCCCCGGCGCAGUGCAGCGCGCUUGCAUGCAACGUGUGGGCAGCAGGACUGGCAGUAUCAAGCCGCGGCAGUGACCAGGGCUGAGCGCGGCCUUGUCUUGGAUUAGCUAGGCGACGCCGUCGCCUAUCAGGUUGCCUGGAGGUCUGCAGCUUGGAGUAGGGGCGACCCGUUCGUGUCAUUGGGCAGUUCCGCAGUUGCUGCAACUCAGUCCAGAGUCUGGCCAACAUUAGGGUGUUGGGGAGAGCGGCGCUUUGGUGAGAGGGAGGGCUCUGGUGGGGACCGCGUCGACUGAAAGCGUGGGGGUUGUUGUGAGACAGGCAAAAGGCCUGGGCAAAGUCUGAGCUGGGGGAUUUUCUAGGCGAAUUCUUUGCCGGUGGGCUUGGGACUAAGGUGCGAAAGGGUGGCGGCAAAAUGGGCCGUGGUGGACCAUAAAAUGAAGAUUACUAGCUACAUACUGGCUUACCGCCAUUUAGAAUUGGUACACUCCACCGUUACAAUGACGCAUGUGUGUAUGACUUGUGGUCAAAGUUUGAUUCUGAACUGCAUCAGCGCCGUGUAGCCUGUCGUCGUUUUGUAGCGGAAGCUCUGGUUGCAUGUGGCUGGGAGAUGGGAUGUUGCCGGUUGUCGGGACGUCAUGUUCUAGAUGCUCCUGCUGCACCCUGCAUGUGUGGCGUUUCGUUCUCUUGCCACUCUUAGCUCCUGUAAACCUGGCGGAGGAGCUGUCAGGUCGAAGGGGAAAUACCGGUUGCGAGAGACAGAGGCGGCUGCAUUUGAUGGGGUGAAUAUAUAUCCCUAUCGCAUGGAUGUUGGUUGGACAACGCAUUCCGCAUUCCAUCGCGGCGGUCUCGGGCUUUCCGGGAGUGUUGGGGAAGGAGGUACUCCACAGGUGUUGGCUGUGUGGUCUUGCGGUGAGGCCUAUGUACGCUAAAACCAGCAUGUUGAACCAUUGCUUACAUCAUUGCGUAUCAACGACUGAGCAAUAGAUAUCCAUGACGCCAAGGGAACGCUGGGUAUAUAUACAUGUGCAAUUGGCGUUAUGGUAAAUCAUUGGUCGCGCCCUGGGUGCGCAAAGGCCGCCUCUUGAGUGAAGUUGUUGAGCCGCAGUCGGCCGCAUUUGACCCAGUCACUGUCUAGACCAGCAUGCGGCAAAGUCAGGUAUUUCAUACCCACCGCUUCUCUAUGCACCAUUACCACCACUCUGCAACAUUUUGACCCUGCAUGCGUGCGUCAUGUGCGAGAAACACGCGUCUCCGCUGCAAUACCUUGCCAUGGUCAUGCCAUUACCCCUUACCGUACGACAACCGCCUUCUUUACCGAUCCAUUCCCCUACUUAUUCGGAAAUGCUUCCAAUAUCGCCCAGUUCUUUCCAAUAUAACAGGCACACGUAUCUUACCACCGGGCACAAUGCAUUGACAAACGCGUCCGCACCCUAUCAGCGGCCUGGGAGUCCCUUGCUUUGCUUGACGCCUGACUAUCGUAUAUGCGGUCUUUAAUAUUAAUAGCGCCGCACAGCCACACAUGUCAGUGUUAAGACACCCGGAC